UUCUCCCGUACACUUAGAACUCUUCAAGAGAAAGUCCGAGACUCUGAUUCCCCAAAUCCAAUUCGGUCAUUUCAACUUCGCCGUACACCUGUAUCUCUCUCCUUUUCUUUUUACUUUUCUGCAAAUUGAAAUUCUCAGGUUUGAUUUCCUAAAUUUUCAUUGGUCAUCUGAUUUCCUCCCCCUGUUUCUGGAAACAUCAAUUGCAGAAAGCAAAAAAAAAAAAUAAAAACAAGUGAGUUUUCGUAGGAUUAUAUGUUGGUCUUUAUCCCUUUUCGAUUGUGAUCAACAAAACCCCUGUUUGAUUAUUGGGUUCAAUAUUUGAUAGCUCUGUUUGUUUUCCUUUUAAAUUCCAGCCCUGCUAGUGAAUUUAUCCUUAUCGUCGUAUCGAGCAAAUUUUGCUCGAUUAAUUAAUGCGGGACAGAGAGAAAUUAGAGAGGGGCGACGUAUUAGCGGUCUCUGGAUCAAAUUAUGCCAGAGAUCAUCGAUGAAGAAGGUAAUUUACUACCACCAGCAGCCAUUAGGGAAGCCGCCGGCGCUUCUGGUGGCAGCGGAGGUGCGGAGGGGGACAGCGUCAACCUGUUCAAGAAAUAUGAGCUAGGGCGGCUUCUGGGAUGCGGAGCCUUCGCGAAGGUCUAUCAUGCGCGGGACUUGCGCACGGGCCAGAGCGUGGCGAUCAAGGUCGUGAACAAGCAGCGGAUCCUCAAGGGAAAUCUCACGGCGAAUAUCAAGAGGGAGAUCUCUAUCAUGCGCUGGCUACGCCACCCGCACAUCGUCCGCCUCCACGAGGUUUUGGCGACCAAGACACGGAUCUACUUCGUCAUGGAGUUUGCCAAGGGUGGCGAGUUAUUCGCGAAAGUCGUGAAAGGUCGAUUCAGCGAGGACCUCAGCCGCAAAUAUUUCCAACAAUUGAUCUCUGCAAUAGGUUAUUGCCAUUCACGCGGAGUUUUCCACCGUGAUCUGAAACCGGAAAAUCUGUUGCUGGACGAGAACUGGGAACUCAAGGUCACGGAUUUCGGGCUCAGUGCCUUGACGGAUCAGAUCCGACCCGACGGCCUCCUACACACCCUUUGUGGAACCCCAGCCUACGUGGCGCCGGAAAUCCUCGCAAAAAGGGGUUACGAUGGAGCCAAGGUUGAUGUAUGGUCGUGCGGGGUUAUACUGUACGUGCUAAGUGCGGGUUAUUUGCCGUUCAACGACCCGAAUUUGAUGGUGAUGUACAGGAAAAUCUACAAAGGGGAAUUCCGGUGUCCCAAAUGGAUCUCACCGGAUUUAAAACUGUUCUUGACCCGAAUCCUCGACCCGAAUCCGAUUACCCGGAUUUCAGUUAAUGAAAUCUUGAACGACCCCUGGUUCAAGAAGGGGUACAAGGAAAUCAAAUACCCAGCUGAUAAUGAGUUCGAGUUCAAGGAUUCUGGUGGGGACAUGGAGGGGAAUAUGUUCUUGAAUGCAUUCGAUAUUAUUUCGUAUUCCUCCGGUGUUGAUCUGUCCGGGUUGUUCGAUAACAGUCGUAAUCGUGUUACUAGCGAAAUGUUCGUAUCAGCCGAAUCACCGGAGAGAAUCAUUGAGAGAAUCGAGGUGGUGGCUAAAGAGGAAGGCAUGAAGGUGGUGAAGAAGGGACAGGGUAUUAGGCUGGAGGGAAAUUUCACCAUUAUGGUGGAGAUCAACCGAUUAACGGAGGAGCUGAUGGUGGUGGAGGUGAAAAGAGGUGGACUUGGACAUGAUAUAUGGAAUGAGAAAUUGAAGCCAAAGCUGAAUGAUUUGAUUUACCAGUCCGAGGGGCAGGCAGCCGGCCUAGCCUAAAAAUCAAUAGAAAAUUUACCGGAAAAAUUGUAAAUGGGCCAAUGUUGUUUUCUGUACUGUAAUAUUAAGCUAAUGUUUUCCUGUCUCUGUUAACAAAGACUUGCUUGCUUGGUGUGGGGUUCAAAGAAACAGUCAACAAAAGUUGAGGGCCGAAGUACUUUCUCCCACUUGAGAGAAAGAUUAUUGGUUUUCUGUGUAUGUUCCACUCUCAGUAUAUUUUUAUUGCUUGAUUUUUUUUUGCUUUAUGUGUGUUUUAGGAUGAAUUUCCUAUUCUAUGAUAUUUUUGGGUAAUUUGAUUGCUAGGGACGGUUUGCCAACACGUGAUAUGAGAAAUGUGAAGCGAGAAGAAAUUUGUUAGUUGUA